AGUCGGGCAGUCGGGCACACACCCUCUUCGAUAUAUAUAAACCUCGCAGAACGUAUUUUGUUACAUAUUUUAAUUAAUCAACCGUACCAACAAGUACUAUCGUGGUUUUAAACCUUUUUUAAAAAAAUCAAAAAAAAUUGUAAAUAAUGGCUUUCCAGCUUGCUUUAUUCGCCUCCGUGCUCGCUUUGGGAGCUUGCGUCUCUCCAUACCCAUCGUACCCCGCUCCCGCCUACCCAGCUCCAUACAAACCAUACGCCGCUCCCGAAUACGACUUACCCGCUAAAUACGAUUUCUCCUACGAAGUAGCCGACUCUUACACCGGUGACUACAAAAGCCAAUACGAAUACAGAGACGGAGAUGUAGUCAAGGGACAAUACAGUUUGGUCGAACCCGAUGGCACCAAACGUAUCGUAGAAUACUCCGAUGACGGAUACGGUUUCAACGCCGUCGUUAAGAAGGACGGUUACGCUUCACCAGCCUACAAACCAGCUUACUCUGCUCCAGCUUACCCAGCACCAGCUUACCCAGCUCCAGCUUACCCCUCGUACCCAGCCCCAGCAUACCCAGCUCCGGCUUACCCACGUCCAGCUUACAAACCAUACUAAAUGGUAUAUUUACCUCGUAAAUAACGUCGCUGUGUUGUGAUACGAUUCGACUAUACCCUCAUCCUUGUGUGUAUUAUUUACAAGUGUACCAUUUUGUUCGUAUUUCGUAUUUAUUAUAAUAUUAUUUUGUGUUCAAAUUAAAUGGUUUUUAUUCAUUUGUA